AUGCCUGACAUUAUUCCCUCUGCAACUUCCAUACCUCAAAUACCAUCGCUUCACACAGUGUUUCAUCCGAAGAUUCUCAGUCCACCAACAAAAGUAUUGCAUCAUGAAGCAUGUAUCAGUUCACGGACAAUCGCUUUGUUAAAUCAGGAUAAUGUUCCUGUCAAUAAUUUGGAUCAUUUUUAUAGUACUUACUCCGUUGACUAUCAUUGUUGA